GGUGUUUGAUGACGUCAUAAAAGAGGAGGAUCUGACUGGAAGUCCAAAAGUCUUCCUUCCUCUUCUAAACGCACCAAACUUCAUUUCUGCUUGAAUUCUCCUCAUUUACACCGAUUUCAAUCUGCAGAAAGUCAUCGUAAAGGGCAGGAUGUCUUUGACCGUGACGCGAAGUGAUGGGGUCACCGUCAUGACGCUGACCUCCGACUCCAAGAGUCGUUUGCCUCCACUGUGCCAGAUCCUGUGCGGGAUGUGCUACAGCCCCUUCUGCUGCUCAGUGUCCCAGAACCUCAGGGCGGCCAUGGGGACGUCCCAGUCUGCACUCGGGGCGCUUCAUAUAAUGCUGGGCUUGCUCAACAUCGGCCUGGGCACCAUCCUCCUGUGCACAGGACCUGCCUCCUGGUGGCGGAUGGAUGACACUGCAUUCCCUGAGUGGCUGGGAGGAUUGUUCAUAUUAUUUGGCAUCGUCUGCAUUUUGUCCGAGAAGUACCCGAGUCCAUGUCUGGUGACUGUCAAUGUGAUACUGAACAUGGUGGGCGUGGCCUUUGCCAUCACCGCCAUUGUACUCUACACCCUCAACUUGACACACAUCAACUUGUGGUUCUUGUGUAACCCUGACCGAGAUGAUUACUACUGGAGGAGAAGACCCAACCCCACGCCCAAGCCCACCAUGAGCUCCAGUGAGGAGCGCAUGAAGGAGCGAUGCUUGGAGGGCAAAGAUUUGUUUUUGAUGCUGGUGAGAGGCAUCAACGGGGUCCUGAUAGUGCUGGCUGUCCUGGAGCUCUGCCUGACCAUAAGCUCCUGCGUGUUGUCCAUCAAGGCUCUGAGGCGCAACAACCAGCCCACGAAAAGCCAGGAUCCUGAGAAGUACAGCCCACUUCUGGAGGAAGACCAUCUUUGUGCCUGAGGACAUCUUCUUCCUUGUGCUCCUUCAUCAACUUCUAGCAACUUCUUCCUUGUAGUCCUUCAUCAACUUCUAGCAACUUCUUCCUUGUGCUCCUUCAUCAACUUCUAGCAACUUCUUCCUUGUGCUCCUUCAUCAACUUCUAGCAACUUCUUCCUUGUGCUCCUUCAUCAACUUCUAGCAACUUCUUCCUUGUAGUCCUUCAUCAACUUCUAGCAACUUCUUCCUUGUGCUCCUUCAUCAACUUCUAGCAACUUCUUCCUUGUAGUCCUUCAUCAACUUCUAGCAACUUCUUCCUUGUAGUCCUUCAUCAACUUCUAGCAACUUCUUCCUUGUAGUCCUUCAUCAACUUCUAGCAACUUCUUCCUUGUAGUCCUUCAUCAACUUCUAGCAACUUCUUCCUUGUGCUCCUUCAUCAACUUCUAGCAACUUCUUCCUUGUAGUCCUUCAUCAACUUCUAGCAACUUCUUCCUUGUGCUCCUUCAUCAACUUCUAGCAACUUCUUCCUUGUAGUCCUUCAUCAACUUCUAGCAACUUCCUUCCUGCCAGCUUCAAUUCUUCAUUCCCUAAAGUCACUUCAAAGCAGGGAUGUCCAAAGUGUGUCUCGGGGGCCAAAUUAUUGAUCUGUUCAAUGUUGCAAUGAAUUAUUGAUCUGUUCAAUGUUGCUAUGAAUUAUUGAUCUGUUCAAUGUUGCUAUGAAUUAUUGGUCUGU